UAUCGGGACUUCCAAAAAGCAAUUGACACAAGAAUAUUUACAAAUAUGGCAUAGAGAGAAAUAUACUGAAAUGGAUAGAAAACUUUCAUGGCGGAAGAAAUCGGAAGAUCAGCAGCAAUACUCAUGGUCGCCAUCCCAGCACUUCAAUGAAGAAAAAUUCUCUCCUGCUCUUAGGAGUAUGAAAGGAUUAUCUGGCAGCCGAAAUCAAUCACAGUUGUGCGCUGGUCACACUUGUGGCUUAGCGUCCCCUGAUGAUUGUGAACAUGUGCAUGAUCAUGGUCACCAUGGGCAAGAACCUAGACAAUCCUAUCUUCUUAGCCCUACUGAAAGCUGUCCGAUGGAUCACCACCGGUGUUCUCCACGGAGUUCCAUCCAUUCAGAAUGCAUGAUGAUGCCUGUUAUGAUGAGUGAUCACUUGUCAAGUAGCACUUUUCCCAGAAUGCACUAUAAUUCACAAUUUGAAACCAGAGAUGACUGUGCUGCAUCACAAACUAGUAAUAGAAUUAAAAGAAUCCCAGCAAACCUUUUAGAUCAAUUUGAAAAACAGCUUCCUCUGCACAGAGAUGGAUUUCAUACCCUACAAUAUCAAAAAACAUCCACCGCUACAGAACAGAGAACUGAAAGCCCAGGGAGAAUACGCCAUCUUGUUCAUUCUGUUCAGAAACUUUUUACAAAGUCUCACUCUUUGGAAGGCUCAUCCAAAACUAAUGUAAAUGGUACAAAGGGUGAGAGCAGAGGGGAUGACCACCAUCAUGGACACUAUUCAAAGCAUAGUAAGAGGAGCAAAAGCAAAGAUCGGAAACCGGAUAGCAAACAUAAAACUGGCAUGACAGGCUGGUGGAGCUCUGAUGAUAAUUUGGACAGUGAUAGCACUUAUCGAACACCCAGCGUAAUGAAUAGGCACCAUAUUGACCACAUAUCUCAUUGCUAUCCUGAAGCUCUACAAGGGCACUUUGGAGAUCUUUCCCUCAAGACUUCAAAAAGUAAUAAUGAUAUGAAGUGUUCUGCAUGUGAAGGGUUGUCAAUGACACCUGAAGGGAAAUAUAUGAAAAGGAGUUCCUGGUCUACCCUAACUGUUAGCCAAGCUAAGGAAGCUUACCGUAAAUCAUCCCUGAAUCUGGAUAAACCUCUAGUUCAUCAGGAAAUGAAAUCUUCCCUGAGACCGUGCCAUUACCUCCAGGUGCCUCAAGAUGAAUGGGGAGGGUAUCCAUCUGGCAGCAAAGAUGAUGAGAUCCCUUGCCGAAGAAUGAGAAGUGGAAGUUAUAUUAAAGCCAUGGAGGAAGAUAGUGGAGACUCUGACACAAGCCCUAAAACAUCUCCCAAAAUAUCAGCCCGACCUGAACCUUUAAUAAAAUCAAUUGUACAGAGAUCACACGGAGAUGUCCAAAACCAGAGCUACCUACAAGCUGCGAGUGAAAUGCCUGCCGGGCAUGUUUUGGACCCAUCAGGGAAUUACAACUCUCCAAAAUUCCGAUCUCGGAACCAGAGCUACAUGAGAGCAGUCAGCACACUGAGCCAGGCCAGCUGUGUCAGUCAGGAUUUCCUCAUUGAAAGUCUGCAAGAAUGCUUUACCUCAAAGGAUUAUCCUGAGAUCAAGAUGAGUGAAACAGAAAUAAAUGGACAAUAUGAAUCAGUGUGUGAAUCGGUGUUUAGUGAAGUUGAGUCCCAUGCAGUGGAUGCCUUGGACCUUCCAGGAUGCUUUAGAACAAGGAGUCACAGUUAUUUGAGAGCUAUACAAGCUGGUUAUUCCCAGGAUGAUGACUGUGUUCCUGUAAUUACAUCUUCCAAUGUCACCUCAUCCACAAGGGCAACAGCUGUUUCAUACUCAAACUACAAAAAAACACCACCUCCAGUUCCACCUCGCACCACCUCCAAGCCACUGAUCUCGGUGACAGCACAGAGCAGCACAGAGUCUACCCAAGAUGCCUAUCAUGACAGAAGGACUCAAAGGAUAUCCCCUUGGCCUCAUGAAGGCCGGGGGUUAUAUAACUCUACAGACAGUCUGGAUAGCAACAAGGCCAUGAGCCUAGCCCUGGAGACUGCUGCAGCAAAACGCCAUGCAUCUGAGAGUAAGAGCAUUUCUGUCCGGACCACCAGCGAUAAGGCGGUUCUAACAUCAAGAUCAGAUGAGUUUCUUAAGAAGAGACGUUCAUCAAUAGGCAUUCAGGUGGAAGCAGCUGACUCCGAUACAGAAAGCAAAAGCCUUCGAGAAUACCAUUCUGUUGGGGUGCAGGUAGAGGACGAAAAACGACAAGGGCGAUUCAAACGUUCAAACAGUGUUACUGCUGCUGUACAGGCUGAUCUUGAGUUAGAGGGUUUCCCAGGACAUAUUACAAUGGAGGACAAAGGACUACAAUUUGGAUCUUCAUUUCAAAGACAUUCUGAACCUAGUACACCAACUCAAUAUGGUGCAGUAAGGACAGUACGGACUCAGGGUUUGUUUAGUUAUAGAGAAGACUAUAGGACACCAGUAGAUACAGCAAAUCUCCCACCUCCAGAUCCAUGGCUAGAGCCAGCUCAUGAAUCAGUGGACUCUGGAAGGAUAUCACCCAGUAGACAAGAUGGCACAUGGUUUAUGAAGCUGCUUCAUGCAGAAACAAAAAGAAUGGAGGACUGGUGUAAAGAUAUGGAGAGAGAAGCAGAAGAAAAUGAUAUUUCUGAAGAAAAUCUAGGUAAGAUUCGGAGUGCGGUUGGAAGUGCACAGCUCCUCAUGUCUCAGAAGUUUCAGCAAUUUUAUUGGCUUUGUCAGCAGAAUUUGGAUCCAAGUGCCAUGCCCAGGCCAACUUCCCAAGACCUUGCAGGAUUUUGGGACUUGUUGCAACUUUCAAUAGAAGACGUAAGCAUGAAGUUUGAUAAAUUACAUCAGUUGAAAGCUAAUGAAUGGAAAACAAUUGAUUCUCCGGAAAAGAAGGAUGAAAAGAAACCCCCACCUGCAAUACCAAAGAAAAUUACAAGAGGAAAAUUCCCUGUUACUAGAGAAAAGUCUCUUGACCUACCUGACCGACAAAGACAAGAAGCUAGAAGGCGACUAAUGGCUGCAAAAAGAGCAGCAUCGUUUCGGCAAAAUUCAACUAGCGAGCGUGCAGACAGCAUUGAAAUCUAUAUACCAGAAGCCCAAACUAGGCUUUAAAACACACUGCUACAAAAUGUCCAUUCUUAUUUAUUUAUGUUUUAAACAACAUGCUUGUACAGUUUGUACCACGCCUGAUCAUUUUAUUCAAUCUUACUACUGAAUAUGCCAUUCUUGUGCUCAUUGUGCCAUAAACCCUGUGGAAUGUUUGUUUUUUUUCCUCACAGUUUGCUAACCUCAUUGCAUUCUGUCUGACUUCAAAACAGCUACAUGCAUAGGGCUUGUUGAGACAUGACUUCUCCAAAAUGUUCUCAGAGGACAACGAGAAAAACCUCUCAAGAUGGAACCCAAUGUAAAUCCUUGCUUAUUUCUAUUUUUAUAAAUGAUGUGAUAAUUAGGAAUAUAAAUAAAAAAAAGAAACUCAAUGGGUACAUCUCACCACUCACUAGAGGCAUUAGCUAUUUCUAGAAGAAGGUGCUAAACAUUUAAAGCGCAAGAAAGAAAGAAUUUAUUGCUCUUUGACCUCCGGUUCCUUUAACUUAAAUCAGCAGAGAUAAGUACCCAUGCUGCUCAUCCCUCGCACUGCUGAACUGCAUUAGGCAAUCUUAUUUUGAAUCUCUGUAUCUAAAAGAUCUCAAAUGACUGAAAUUCCAAAGCAUCUUGUUCUUUAGACAACUAGAAGCAUACUCAUCUGGUCCAGCCAGUGGUGUCCUUAAUGGAAUAUUGCUGGUUGCCCUACUACAACUCAGCAAACUAACUGCCUAAUCUCAAUACAAGAGGAUCUGAGGAGGAAGUAGGUGAAAUGAAAGUGAAUGCCUUAAAAAGAUCUUUUGUACCAGACAUAUAAUAUGGUUAAAAGUUGAACAACCUUCCGUGGACCAUUUAUUUCUGUUUACAAUAUUUGUCUCUUUUUAUUUAUAUUAUUUAUAAAAUAUUGCUAUGUAUGCUAUUUAAGAACACACACAGCUAUAUAUUUUAUGUUGCUAGGGUAUCCUUGAAACAAAAUAAUGAAUGUUUGCUGUUUAAAUUACCAGUUGUGAUGUGAUAACCAAUUUUAAAAUCAUGAAUAUAAGUGGUAAGUAUAUCUAAGUUUAAAUGGUUAUUUUAAGGUAUAGUAAUGGUGACAUGUGCUUUACAUCUGUAAUUUAUUUUUCUGACAAUUAUUUUUCCAACUUAGUAAUAGCUAAGAUUUGAGUAGCACUCAUAUCUCAUGUUUAAAAUUCUACAUAAGAUACCAAGUUU